AUCAUUUGGUAUUUUAUAACAUUAAAUUCAAAAUUCUUAUUCUAGGUCUAAUAAAAAAGUGAACCUAUUAUAUCGGUUAUUCAGUGGACACAACGGCAACAAGUUUUGAAGAUUUAAAUACUCGUCAAGGCUUUCAAGAUGCAGGAGAAUGAAGGAGAGGCUAACACAGAGAGGGAGAUGAAGGUUCUGAAUGAGAUGACAUUUCAAGCUAUGUCAUUGGUCGCCAACAGUAAAGUUGGUGCUUCUUUCUCAGCUGCAAAGGAUGGCAUGGUCACUGCCACUGCUACCGUGGAUUAUGAACUCCAAUCUAUGAAGGAGAUAAUUAAAGAUCUACUGUGUAUGGAGGAAACAGAGAUGUCGGUACUAGAUGACAUUCGAUCACAGACUCAGGGGCCACAAGCAGGGAAACUAUUGUCCGAACUUGCUCAGGCAAACAGAAAAAAGGGUGGAAUUGAAGAAGAAAUUGAUUCUUUAGCCUCUAGGAUAAAUCACAUGGAACAGCUAGAACAACAACUGAACACAAGAAUGAUGUCUUCAAGCCAACAAACUUCUGCCAUCAUCCCUAAAAUAAAAGCCGAUGUCGCUACUCUCACCAAGAUCUCUCACCUGAAGUGGGAUUACAGUGCACCGAGUGACACAGUCAAAGGAUUUAUUUACCAGACUGAGAAAAAGGACAUCAUCCCCUUCAAGUUUGAUAAGUCAUCACACACUCAGUUUUUCAUCACCAACUACCUGUGGCAGCAGAUUGGAGCGAAUGAAGAUUUCCUCGCGUAAAGUCCAAAACCCAAAUUAAAGAUGUGGAAUAGCGAAAUCUGUAAAUACUAUUGAUAUACCAGUACAUAAGGUGACAUGAAUUGCAAAAAUUGCCAUAUUAAUAUGUUGAGGGAAACCACUGCUCUGUCAACUGUUUUGUAUAAAGUUCCUUUUGCUUCCUGUAAGCUUUUACUAUGGCAUAGAUUGUCUGCAAUCAUGUGCCCCCUUUAUCCACUGUCCUUUGUUCUCUCUUUAAUGGUGGUGUUCCCCAUCCACAGGGCCCCAAGAUAAGCCUCUGAUUUAUCCCAGUUACUUACACACCCAGCACCAUUCAACAGCAAAAUAAGCUGUUCAAUGCAAUGUAAAAAAAAAUUCUUUACCUAAUGAUUUCUUUACAUAUUCCCAAUAUUUUUUACUAAUGUUAUAGUUACAUUAUUUUAACUCUUCAGGUUGACCAGGAACAGGCAUAUGCACACCCACACAUUUAACUCUUCUUUUGCCUAUUCUUACUACUGUAAAAAUAUGUGUUCUACUUUAGUACUCCCCUUCCUUAAAAAAGGUCCGAAGUGUGGUAACCUAUGUCAUUCACACAUACACAUCUUUGUAACUAUUAUCAUUAAUUAAAUUUUUUUGCAUGACAUUUUCAGUUCCUCAAAAAUAAAGCAUUAUCAUCUGCAA